GUUGAGCUGUGUGGGGGCAGCGCGAUCUAUCGUGCCAGUGAUCGCCCGUGGUUUUCUAAGAGAGUGUUUGUGAAUGCUGUUUAUUUUGCAUUUCAUGAAGAAAUGGCUGAAAUUGACGAAUUAUUUGAAUGCUUCGAGGAGAACCAAGCUCUGAGUACUGAGCAGGUGCCUAUGGUGGUAAACGAUGAGGCGGAAGAGGAAACUUUGACAGAAAAUACUUCAGGUCAGAAGCGCCCCGUGGAGGAGGAAUCAGAGAGUGGUCCCACGUCGAAAAAAGUCCAUACGGAAUCUGUGCUAGAUGACAUUAGUUUGGAAGUUUUAGAGUCUCGAAUCACAAUUCAUGUGAUUGACUCUCCGGAGGCAUGCACACAUGAAGUGGCUGUGUACCCGGGACAGGAGUACAUUCCACUAGAGCCCCUGACGGGUCCACCGGCGAAGGAGUACUCUUUUGUACUGGAUCCAUUCCAGAAGGAAGCGAUUUUGUGCAUUGAGAAUAACCAGAGCGUCCUCGUGUCUGCUCAUACAUCCGCCGGAAAGACUGUAGUGGCUGAGUAUGCCAUCGCCAGAUCACUGGCGGCCAAGCAGAGAGUUAUUUACACAACUCCCAUCAAGGCGUUGUCGAAUCAGAAGUACAGAGAGUUCCAGGAGGAGUUUAAAGAUGUGGGAAUCGUGACUGGAGACGUUACGAUAAAUCCCUCCGCCUCGUGCCUCAUUAUGACCACUGAGAUUCUCCGGAAUAUGCUGUACAGGGGCUCGGAGAUCAUGCGAGAGGUGGGCUGGGUGAUUUUCGAUGAGAUCCACUACAUGAGGGACAAGGAGAGAGGCGUAGUGUGGGAAGAGACUCUGAUUCUCCUACCUGACAAUGUGCACUACGUGUUUCUCUCCGCUACUAUUCCCAAUGCCCGGCAGUUCGCUGAGUGGGUGUGCCAUAUCCACAAGCAGCCCUGCCAUGUUGUGUACACGGAAUUUCGUCCAACGCCUCUACAGCACUACCUCUUCCCGGCCGGUGGCGACGGGAUUCAUCUGGUGGUGGACGAGAAGGGGCAGUUCAAGGAGGAGAACUUCAAUGUGGCCAUGACAGUGCUCCAGAACGCUGGAGAUGCGUCCAAGGGUGAUCAGAAGGGCCGUAGGGGUGGCGUGAAGGCGAACAGCGCAGGCGGAACCAAUAUCUUCAAGAUUGUGAAGAUGAUAAUGGAGCGGAACUUCGCGCCGGUCAUCAUUUUCUCCUUCAGCAAGAAGGACUGCGAGGUUUAUGCGCUACAAAUGGCUAAACUCGAUUUAAACACGGCUGAGGAGAAGAAGUUGGUCGAUGAGGUGUUCAACAAUGCCAUGGAUGUGCUCUCGGAUGAGGACAGGAAGCUGCCUCAGGUGGAAAAUGUGCUACCACUGCUGAGGCGCGGCAUAGGCAUCCAUCACGGCGGAUUGCUGCCCAUUCUCAAGGAGACAAUUGAAAUUCUCUUUGGCGAGGGCCUACUGAAGGCACUCUUUGCCACGGAGACCUUCGCCAUGGGUCUGAAUAUGCCGGCCAGAACAGUUCUGUUCACGGCGCCAACGAAAUUUGACGGUAAGGAGUUUCGCUGGCUGACUUCCGGUGAGUACAUUCAAAUGUCCGGCCGUGCUGGGCGCAGAGGACUUGACGACAAGGGAAUUGUCAUCCUGAUGAUUGACGAGAAGGUUUCACCGGCUGUUGGCAAGCAAAUUGUCCAGGGAAAGCCGGAUCCCAUCAAUUCGGCUUUCCACUUGACCUAUAAUAUGGUUCUCAAUUUGCUGCGCGUGGAGGAAAUCAAUCCGGAAUACAUGCUGGAGAGAUCAUUUUUCCAGUUUCAGAAUCAAUCCUCCAUUCCUGAUCUGUACAGGAAGGUGGAGCUGAAGCAGAAGGAGUUACAGGGUAUUCAUGUGAAGGAUGAACACGUUGUGGCGUCAUAUCACAACAUCCGGAUGCAUCUGAACACGUUGGGGGAGAAGUUCAGGAGCUUCAUCACGAAGCCUGAGUAUCUGGUGCCAUUUUUGCAACCCGGACGGAUGGUGAAAGUCCAGACAGAAGAAUAUGAGUUCGAUUGGGGUAUCAUUGUGAACUUCAAGAAGCAGGAGUCGAAAGUCAAUCCUCUGACUAGUAAAACCAUCGUCAUUGUGGAUGUUCUGCUCUAUAUGGAUGAUGACUACUCCAAGGACACACUGCCGAAGCCCUGUCCAUCGAAUAAGAAGGGCUCUGUUGAAGUGGUUCCGGUUCUGCACACUCUCAUUGCCAAGAUUAGCUCACUGAGAGUCUGGUAUCCGAAAGAUCUACGACCGGCAGACAAUCGACGGAGUGUGCUGAAGACUAUUCAGGAGGUGAAGAAGAGAUUUCCCCAUGGACCAUCUCUACUCAAUCCUGUCAACGACAUGAACAUCAAGGAGAAGGAGUUUGUGGCAAUUGUUGAGCAAAUUGAUCAGUAUGAGAAGAGACUCUUCAGUCAUCCACUUCACGAGGCACCCGAAUUGAACACUCUCUACACGCAAUACACGCAGAAAGUGCAGAUUGAGGCUGACCUGAAGGCGGCCAAGAAUGCGCUGAAGGAGGCCAAAAGUCUACUGCAGAUGGAUGAGCUGAAGAACAGGAAGAGAGUGCUGAGACGAUUCGGUUACUGCACGCCGGCCGAUGUGAUUGAGUUCAAGGGACGCGUGGCGUGCGAACUGAGUUCAGCCGAUGAGCUUCUCAUCACAGAGUUGAUCUUUAAUGGAAUCUUCAAUUCUCUGACAACACCACAAUGCGUGGCGUUACUGUCCUGCUUUGUGUGCGAUGAGAAGGCUUCAGAGCAGCCAAAAGCCGCCGAGGAGUUGUCAGGACCCCUGCGUCAAAUGCAUGAUUUGGCCAAGAGAAUAGCCAAAGUGUCGGUGGAGUGCAAAUUAGACCUCGACGAGGAUACAUAUUUGGAGCGCUUUAAAACAUCCAUGAUGGAUGUUAUUUUGCAGUGGUGCAAAGGAUCGUCUUUUCUGGAGAUUUGCCGGACAACAGAACUGUUUGAGGGCUCCAUUAUACGAUGCAUGAGGCGUCUGGAGGAGUUACUGAGACAAAUGUGUCAGGCGUCGAAGACUAUCGGUGAUACAGGGCUGGAGAAUAAGUUUUCCGAGGGAAUAAGACUCCUGAAGAGGGACAUCGUCUUCGCGGCAUCUCUGUAUCUGUAAUUGUAUAUAAAUUAGUUUGAUUAUCAGCAAGAAUAGCGUAUGGAAAUAUCUGAAAUAUUUUAAUUGAAUAUUUAAAAGAGUUAAGGAUUUUUGGAAGCAAAUACAAGUGAGAAUAAAAAUAAUAAUAUAAUUCAUUA